CAAACAUAACCAUAAACAGUUUCUACUCGUUGUUGGUAUCCACUGACCGUUCUCUCCAGCCGGGUGGGUUUAUCUAGGGUUUCGUUUCUCCCUCUCCUCCGUCAUCCAUGGCGAAGAAGCCAAUCCGCGGCCGUCGCUCGCCGCCUUCCGGCUCCGGCUCCGCCUCAUCCUCACUCUCCCGCUCCCCUUCCGGUUCAUUCUCAGGCUCUUCCUCCCGCUCCUCCUCUCGUUCCCGGUCUCGCUCCAGGUCCUCCGCCUCCUCCUCGUCCCGCAGCGGCAGCUCUCGCAGCCCUAGCCCCCGUUCCUCCAAAAAAAGUCCUGGCGCUCGACGAGGUCGAUCUCCUCCACCAUCUAAAAGGGCAUCUCCACCUCCAAGGAAAUCUUCUCCGGCUCAUGAGUCACUUGUUCUUCACAUUGAUAAGCUUUCAAGGAAUGUGAAUGAAGGCCAUUUAAGAGAAAUUUUUGGCAACUAUGGUGAAGUUGUACAUGUUGAGCUGGCAAUGGAUCGUAGUGUUAAUCUUCCAAAAGGAUAUGGAUACGUGGAGUUCAAGAUGAGAGCAGAUGCUGAAAAAGCACUAUUACACAUGGAUGGCGGUCAAAUUGAUGGUAAUGUAGUUCAAGCAAAAUUUACAUUAUCUCAGCGUCAGAAGUCGCCACCUCCUAAGCCUGUUGUAACUGCUCCAAAGAGAGAUACUGUGAAAACUGAUGGUAUCAAUGCUGAUAAGGAUGGACCAAAGCGUUUGAGGGAAGCUUCUCCUCGUCGGAGACCACCUUCACCACGAAGGAGAUCUCCAGUGGCUCGUAGAGGUGGAUCUCCAAGAAGACCGCUAGAUUCUCCACCACCUCGUCGUCGAGCAGGUUCUCCUUACCGACGUGGUGAUACAUCUCCAAGAAGGAGGCUUAUUUCUCCAUCCCGAGGACGUUCUGGGUCUCCGCCACCAAGGCGGCGAUCCCCAGUUAGGGCUUCUCCAAGAAGGAUACGUGGCAGCCCCCCUGUUCGCAGACGUGGCUCUCCUCCCCCAAGGCGCCGUUCACCUCCUCCUCGACGGGCUCGUAGUCCUCCGAGAAGGUCUCCAAUCAGUCGUAGGCGUAGCCGUUCUCCUCCUAUUCGUAGGCCUGCUCGGUCACGUUCAAGAUCAAUUUCACCACGGAGAGGUCGAGGUCCAGCGACGAGACGUGGGAGGUCAUCAUCAUCUUCCUCUGGAUCACCUGGUCCACGCAAGGUAGUCCGGAGGAUACCAUCUCGUAGUCCAAGAAGGCCUGCAAGGGGAAGAAGCAGUAGCAGCAACAGCAGCAGAAGCAGUUCACCUCUUCCUCCUCGGAAGCCAUAGGCAUUUACGAGGAAGAAGCAGUAGCAGAUCACCCCCUCGUAACCCAUAGGUAAUACCUGCAUCUCUCUUCUUCCCCCUCUGUUUUCCCCUCUUGCUCUCCCUCCCUUUCUUCCCUGGUACCAACUACCCAUGAAAAUGUACUACUGACAUUGUCAAGAGUGACUAAUAUUCUGAGUUGCUAAUACUGUUUUGUUGUUUAUGAGUUAAUGGGUUGAGUUGUAGUGUUAUUGGCUAAAUUUUUUUCUGUUUUACUUGUAUGGACUGGGGAUUAAGGUGUUGCCUGAUGGAAUAUUGGUGAACCUAUUGUAACACCUUAUAUGUAUUAUUUGAAAAUUCAUGGUAGAACUUAAAAAAAUUCCCAUC